CAAAUUUGAAAACUUCCGUAUCGACAAGUUUGUUUUUUUCUUACUCUUACUUCGUAUAGCUUCACUGUGAAACGCUUGGAUAUACUUUACAAACAGAGAUAAUCACUAUGUCCAGUUGUGUGGUAGGUUUUCUUCUCGUUGUGUUAGUAGCGGGUGUUUCUUUAUCAGUAUCCGAAAGUUCAAUCAGUUGCCGUUCAGAGGACCCGCUGGAAAUAACUUUUGCUGCAACUAGACAAGCCGUCGAGACAGACACUGUUUAUUUCACAAAACAUGGCGUAACCAUUUGUACGAAAAGACACUGCGGUGUUAUACCAGAAGAGAAAAUGCUUUGCUCAUAUCCAUUCACGUUCACCUCUGUAAAAACAUAUACGAAGAAGACAGGUCUUCAUUAUUACAAGAAAAUGAAGACCAUUCCAGAAAGAGGCCAAACGGAAAGCUCUAAAGGCAGGAAAAAGAGGGGAGACGAAUGUAACGUGCUUCCUGUAGGGGACGGAGAUUACUGCUGUCCAACGCACUUAUACGCCACCUAUUACCUAAAGGAGAUGGACAAUACAGAAGAUGAAGCUUGUGUAAUCAUUCAUUUGCCAUAUCUAAGAAACUUUCAGAUGGUAACUGAAGGAAUCUGUGGACCAUGUGGCUCGUGUAACGCUGAUCCGUCGAAGUCCUGCCAGCAGAUGUAUACAGUGCAAUCCUUGCUUGCUUGGAAUAAAGUCAAACAUAAGCUGCGUUUCGAGAUGUUCAAUAUUCCUACAUACUGUUCGUGUAUAAAUGGAAAUUAACAGUGAUAAUGGAAAUGUUUGGUAAUCUCACGUGUGUGAACUUUAAAUUGCUAUAUGAAAGAGGCAUUUUUAAGCGUUUUUCAAUAACUGGUAAGAGUAGACUGUUUUGGAAGCAUUUAAGCAGGAAAAACCGCAAAGCCAUAUAAAGUCAGGCUAAUUAUUUGCAGACUGUUAAUAUGCCGACAUACACUAUAGCCAUGUAUGCAUAAUAAAACUUAUUUUGUAAAUCUGUCGUUUACUUUUUACAAUGAUAAGUGAAAUUUAUCUUUAUAUUCAUUUCCGCACGAAUAAACGUCACAAGUUGUUUUUUAUGUUUAAUUGUAAAUAUCAGUUGCAAAAUAAAAAUGAAAUUCAAAAUAUUUUAGCAAACCAUCCUUUUUGGCUGAAGUGAUUGGUUAUAAAUUGAUAUCCCUGUCUCUGAAUGAAGUAAAAUGUGGUGACUGUACCAGUACCUAUUAAGGGGAUUCCAAGCUUUUG